AUGUGGGAACACGAAUUUCAAGAACUCGAAAAAAUAUCCAAACCCCUGAUGUAUCCAGAGUUUGAGCACCACAAACCCCUGGACGCGAGGGACGCAAUGCAUGGUGGGAGAUGUGGACCGUUGGUACUCUACAGAAAAGUCAAACCAGACGAAAAGAUUCACUACGUGGACUUUACGUCUCUCUAUCCCUUUUGCCAAACGCACGAGUACCCCUACGGUCAUCCCAAAGUCAUGACCUGCUUCGAAGGACGAAAUCCUGAAGACGUCGUUCGAGAAUCCUAUGGAUUUGUAAAGUGCAUGGUGCUACCGCCCACCGAUCUGUUGUUUCCUGUUCUUCCCGUGAAAGUGCGCUCAAAAUUGAUGUUUCCUCUGUGUGUGCCGUGCGCGGAAAACGAAAUUCGUGAAUGCGAUCACUCCGACCUGGAAAGAGGUGUGGUGGGCACGUGGUCUACCCUGGAACUUCAUUUGGCUCAGGAGAUGGGUUACAGAAUGCUGGAGAUCUAUGAGGUCUGGCAGUACGAAGAGCGAGGAAAGGACUUGUUUCGGUCGUUUGUCAUGUAUUGCAUGAAAGACAAACAAGAAGCCUCAGGAUGGCCUGGUCAUGUGAAAACGGAAGAAGACAGACAAACCUAUUUGGAGGAAUACGAGAGAAAGACGGGCAUCCAGCUCGAUUCCGAGAAUAUUGUUAAGAACGGUCCUCGUCGAACCGUCGCUAAACUCGUUGCCAACAGUCUGUGGGGUAAACUGGGAGAAAAACCACACUCCAAGACCACAAAAUUCUUCGUCAAGCCCGACGAGUUCUACACGUGUAUCACCAGCAACGAGAACGACGUGCGCGAGAUUUACAUGAUUACGGAUGACGUGGUCAUGUUUCAGUACCAGAAAAUAACCGAGUUUGUGCAAGAAAACCCCAAGCGGAGCAUUGUGGUGGCUGCCUGGACGACUGCCUGGGCUCGUACGAUUCUUUACAGAGAAUGCAGAAAGCUAGACCCGACUCAAAUCUUGUACACAGACACCGAUUUCAUCAUCUACUCGCAAGAACCUGGCCAGGCUACAUUACCGCUAGGCGACAGUUUGGGCGAGUUAACGUCUGAAUUGAAGCCCGACGAUCACAUUAGUCAUGAGUUUGUAGCCGUGGCUCCUAAAGCCUAUGCGUAUCACACGCUGCAAGGAGAUGGCGCUUGCAAGUUUAAAGGAAUACGCAACAAUUACACCACGCAAGGCGCCAUUAACCUCGAAAGCAUGCUCGAAAUGGUAGAGCGAGAGGACCACUUGGUUAACGUGCCCAACCCUCAAAUCAGCCGAGAUCGAAAAACGUUUGAACUGAAGACCGUUUUAGAUAGUGAGAAGAUAGCCCGACUUCGUUUUGAUAAGAGAGUUCGACACGGAAACACGAGUGUCCCUUAUGGGUACAAACCAAUAGGCUCUCAUGGAGCGUUGAAAUAA